AUGCCCUCACAAAAGACAAUCAAAGAGUCAAAAACAGAUGUGUUAAUUAUCGGUGCCGGCCCAUCAGGAUUGAUGUGUGCUUUAUGGUUAACCAGAUGUGGAAUCCCCUGUCGAAUCAUCGAUAAGCGUGCUGGAAGCAUAUUUGCCGGCCAAGCUGAUGGAUUGCAAAGUCGUUCAUUUGAAAUCUUUCAGUCCUUUAGUGAAGACGCGUUUGAUUUUGUUACCUUGGACAAAGCAUGGAAAUCGGCUAAUCAUAUGAUGGAAAUGAGUUUUUGGUCACCCAACGAAGAAGGUAAGUUGGCUAGGAAGUCACGUAUCCCUGAUUUCAUUCCUGGUAUUUCAAGAUUCCAUGAAUGUGUGAUUCAUCAGGGAAAGAUUGAGAACUGGCUCAAUACUUCUAUUGAUCAGUUUUCAGAAGGUAAGGUUAAAGUUGAACGUCCAUAUUUGCCAAUCUCGAUCAAGAUCGAUGAAACCAUGACUGAUGAUCAAGAUUAUGCUGUUGAAGUAUUGGUCAAGAAGUUAGAUGAUGACUUGGCCAAGCCAGAACAAUAUGGAAACAUUUCUAAUGGGUUAUUCAGAGCAUUUGAAGGAGAUCAAGACAAGUUUUAUGCUGACCAUAUUAGUGAUGGCAACGUUGAGGACUUCGAACUUAUCAAGGCCAAGUACGUGCUUGGUUCAGAUGGUGCCCACAGUUGGGUUAGAAAACAAUUGGAUAUUGAAAUGCAAGGAGAAACAACUGAUUUCAUUUGGGGAGUCAUUGAUAUGGUUCCAAUCACCAACUUCCCCGAUAUUAGAAGCAGAUGUGCUAUUCAUUCCAAAGACUGCGGAUCGAUGAUGAUUAUUCCUAGAGAAAAUGACUUGUGUCGUCUUUAUAUCCAAUUGAAGGAAGUUGUUAGAGAGGAAGGAGGCAAUGAUGCCGAUGGCACUAAAGCCAAGGGUAGAAUCGACCGGUCUAAAAUCACUCCUGAAUCCAUUGUCAAACAAGCCAAGGAAAUUAUCCAACCAUUUGAGUUGGACGUUACUGAUGUGAGUUGGUUUACUGGUUACCAAAUUGGUCAACGUAUUGCUACCGGAUUCCACCGCAAUAAUCGUGUGUUUAUUUCGGGUGAUGCAUGCCAUACCCAUUCCCCUAAAGCCGGUCAAGGUAUGAAUGUGUCAAUGCAAGAUGCCUACAACUUGGGAUUCAAAUUUGCAUUGGUAUGUAAAGGAUUGGCAAAACUGGACAUUUUACAAACGUACGAAUUGGAAAGAAAGAAGGUGGCCCAUGAUUUGAUUGAAUUUGAUCAUAAAUUUUCUCGUUUGUUUAGUGGUAAACCAAUGGUUCCCCACGCUGAAAAAUUGGAUGAAUCAAAUGAUGGCGGUGUUGAUUUGGAUGAAUUCCAUCAAGUUUAUCUCCAAGGAGGUAAGUUUGCCAGUGGUACCAUUUCCGAUUAUCAAGAUUCAAUAAUGGUUAAAAAAGCAGGAACCCAAUCCCGUCCAGGAGAAGAAUCAGAGGGUGUUUUCCACCCAUUGGCCAACAAGGUCGCAGUGGGAAGAAGAUUACAGAGUGAUUUGAUGUUGGGUCAAAUCGAUUACAAGUUGUUGCACUUGGGUGACAAGUUGGUGUCAGAUGGACGGUUUAGAUUAUUGAUUUUCCCUGGAGAUUUGCAUCAGCACAAGUCCAACUGGGACAUUUUGAAAAAGUUCAACGAUGUUCUUGAAUCCAAAGACAGUUUCCUUAAGAGAUACACCCCAGUUAAUGCUUUUCCAAGCUCAGUGAUUGAAAUUUUGACCAUUCAUGCUUCUCAAAGACACGAUAUUGAAUUCCAUGAUUUCCCGCAAUUUACUCACGCCAUUGAUUUCAAAGGACGUACUGAUUACUGGAGGAUCUUUAGUGGUGCUGGUAAAUCUUAUGAUGGUAUUGCUGUUGAUAUCUAUAAAACUUUGGGAAUCGAUAAGAAGGAUGGUGCCAUGUUGAUUGUUCGCCCUGAUAGUCAUGUUGCUCAAGUGGUUCCAUUUUCUAGUGAAGGGUUGAAAUUAGUUGAUAAUUACUUUAGUGGGUUUAUGAUUGAUCAAAGCAAUUGUGUGUUGCCAGAAAAGGACAAGACGGUUAAUGAUGCAGUGAGAUUUGUUCAACCAAGAUUGGCCGUUUAG